AUGCCAGCUAUAAAUCAACACUUGUUUGCCUCUGCUUUCUGCAAUGUACUUCCAUUCCCAGCAGUGAGAGAAGCAGUGAGGAAGGAGAACCAGACUAUUGUAUAUGAUUUCUACCUUCUGGGUCUCCCAAUCCAACCCAGAGCAGCAGGAUGUGUUCUUCACCUGUUCCUGGGAAUGUACCUGACCACAGUGCUGGGGAACCUGCUCAUUAGGCUAGACUCUCACCGCCACCCCCCCAUGUACUUCUUCCUCAGCCACUUGGCUUUCACUGACAUUUCCUUUUCAUCUGUCACUGUCCCAAAGAUGCUGAGGAGCAUGCAAACACAGGAUCAAUCCAUCCCCUAUGCAGAAUGUAUAACACAGAUGUACUUUUUCAUAUUUUUCACUGAUCUGGACAAUUUUCUUCUCACUUUGAUGGCAUAUGACUGGCAUGUCGCCAUUUGUCACCCUUUCCACUACAUCACCAUCAUGAAAGAGGAGCUGUGUACCGUUCUAGUAGUCAUGUCUUAGAUCCUGUCCUGUACCAGUGCCCUGUCCCAUACCCUUCUUCUGGCCCGGCUGUUCUUUUGUGCUGACAACACCAUCCCUCAUUUCUUCUGCCUACUCAAUCUCUCAUGUUCAGACACUUCCCUUAAUGAGUUGAUCAUUUUCACAGUGGGAUUGGCCAUCAUUACUCUGCCACUAAUAAGCAUUUUGAUUUCUUAUGGUCACAUUGGGGGCACAAUCUUGAAAAUUCCAUCUGCCAAAGGGAUCUACAAAGCCUUGUCUACCUUUGGUUCCCACCUCUCUGUGGUGUCUCUGUAUUAUGGCACAAUUAUUGGACUUUAUUUUAUCCCCUCAUCCAGCAAUUCCAGUGACAAGGACAUUGUUGCUUCUGUGAUGUACACAGUGGUCACCCCAUUGCUAAACCCCUUCAUUUAUAGCCUAAGGAACAGAGACAUAAAGGGAGCCCUGGAAAAACUCUUUAACAAGGCAAAAAGAACACCAUUAUGA